AUGGUGAGUGAGAAUGAGGAGAAACCCCAUCAGGAAGAUGCUGAGCAAGUAGAACCACAUGGAACGUUAUCAGGAAGAUCCAAAGGGAAUGUUUCCGGGAGUUGUGCACUCCGAGAAAAAGCAAAAGCCUGUGAGACUCAGGAGAGGUCAGAGGAAAACUUUAGUAGCCACUCAGACCUUAUAACAAGCAACAGAAUCAACUUGAAAGAGAGACACUACACAUGCUCCGAGUGCGGGAAAAGCUUCAGUUGGAGCUCAGACCUUGUUGCACAUAGGAGAAUCCACAUGGGUGAGAAACCUUAUGGAUGCUCUGAGUGUGGGAAACGCAUCAUCGAUAGUUCAACCCUCAUCUCACAUCAGCGAAUCCAUACAGGAGAGACGCCCCACACAUGCUCUGAGUGCGGGAAAAGCUUCAGUCGGAGCUCACACCUUAUCACAUAUCGUAGAAUCCACACAGGAGAGAUGCCCUACACGUGCUCUGAGUGUGGGAAAAGCUUCAAUCACAGCUCUACCCUUAUCACACAUCAGAGAAUCCACACAGGGGAGAAGCCCUACACAUGCUCUGAGUGUGGGAAAAGCUUCAAUCAGAGCUCAAACCUUAUCACACAUCGUAGAAUUCACACAGGAGAGACGCCCUACGUGUGCUCUGACUGCGGGAAAAGCUUCAGUUGUAGCUCACACCUUAUCAGACAUCAGAGAAUGCACACAGGGGAGAAGCCCUACACAUGCUCUGAGUGUGGGAAAAGCUUCAAUCAGAGCUCAAGCCUUAUCACACAUCGUAGAAUCCACACAGGGGAGAAUCCCUACCGAUGCUCUGAGUGCGGGAAAAGCUUCAAUCGGAGCUCAGACCUUGUCACACAUCGUAGAAUCCACACAGGAGAGUUGCCCUACGUGUGCUCUGACUGCGGGAAAAGCUUCAAUCACAGCUCUACCCUUAUCAGACAUCAGAGAAUCCACACAGGGGAGAAGCCCUACACAUGCUCUGAGUGUGGGAAAAGCUUUAAUCACAGCUCUACCCUGAUCACACAUCGUAGAAUCCACACAGGGGAGAAUCCCUACACAUGCUCUGUGUGCGGGAAAAGCUUUAAUCACAGCUCUGCCCUGAUCACACAUCGUAGAAUCCACACAGGGGAGAAUCCCUACACAUGCUCCGAGUGCGGGAAAAGCUUCAGUCGGAGCUCAAACCUUAUCAUACAUCUUAGAAUCCACACAGGAGAGAAGCCCUACACAUGCACUGAGUGCGGGAAAAGCUUCAAUCACAGCUCUACCCUUAUCACACAUCAGAGAAUCCACACAGGGGAGAAGCCCUACACAUGCUCUGAGUGUGGGAAAAGCUUUAAUCACAGCUCUACCCUGAUCACACAUCAUAGAAUCCACACAGGGCAGAAUCCCUACACAUGCUCUGAGUGCGGGAAAAGCUUCAAUGGGCGCUCAGACCUUGUCACACAUCGUAGAAUCCACACAGGAGAGUUGCCCUACGUGUGCUCUGACUGUGGGAAAAGCUUCAAUUACAGCUCUACCCUUAUCACACAUCAGAGAAUCCACACAGGGGAGAAGCCCUACACAUGCUCUGAGUGCGGGAAAAGCUUCAGUCGGAGCUCAAACCUUAUCACACAUCGUAGAAUCCACACAGGGGAGAAGCCCUACACAUGCUCUGAGUGCGGGAAAAGCUUCAGUUGUAGCCCAUACCUUAUCAGACAUCGGAGAAUCCACACAGGAGAGAUGCCCUACACAUGCUCUGAAUGCGGGAAAAGCUUCAGUUGUAGCUCAUACCUUAUCACACAUCAGAGAAUCCACACAGGGGAGAAGCCCUACACAUGCUCUGAGUGUGGGAAAAGCUUCAAUCGGAGCUCACACCUUAUCACACAUCGUAGAAUCCACACAGGAGAGACGCCCUACACGUGCUCUGUGUGCGGGAAAAGCUUCAGUCACAGCUCUUCCCUGAUCAUACAUCGUAGAAUCCACACAGGAGAGACGCCCUACACAUGCUCUGAGUGCGGGAAAAGCUUCAGUUGUAGCUCAUACCUUAUCAGACAUCAGAGAAUGCACACAGGGGAGACACCCUACACGUGCUCUUAGUGCGGGAAAAGCUUCAGUCACAGCUCUGCUCUGAUCACACAUCAGACAAUCAUCACAGGAGAGAUGCUCCUACACAUGCUCUGUGUGCGGGAAAAGCUUCAGUGAUAGCUCAAGCCUCAUUAGACAUCAGAAAAUCCACAUGA